CUGCAGUAGAUCGCUGCAUCGCCUCGAAACCCGCAUCAACCAACAGUGAAUGCCGCCAGCCGUAAGCUUAACUUGGACCUACUCUGCUAUGUCGCCAUAGUCUGACUGCAUAUACGCCGCAGAUAUACAGACAUCACUGUCAGCAUACCCCGCCUCUCGAGGUAUAUAGCGUAUUCAAGUUGAAUUGAUCGAAUAGUUCCGUCUUCCCUCUUUCCAAUGGAUCUUUUUCUACUCUCUCUUCUAAAUCCGAGCCCUCCGAACUUGAAAGUGAGGGUAUCUCCGGGAUGAAGUUCCAAGCUCUCUUCUCGCUGGCGGCGAGCAUUAUCCCCCUCGCUCGUCUCGUUGCCUCAGAGCCGAUUCAGUAUUGCAGAAAUGGCGCUGAGACCAACGAGAUUGACUUCUGUAUGAGCAUGUUGACGCACUACAAUGCCUCCACCAGUGCUCACGAUCUUUUCCUAACUAUGAGUGUCCUUCGUCCGGACAGCACGCCUGUCGGAUGGACUGCCAUAGGUUUAGGUGAAGUUAUGGAAGGUGCUCUUAUGUUUAUUAUCUACGGCGACCCGCUAGCGUCUAAGAAACCCGUUGUCAGCAUCCGAAAGUCCAUCGGUCAUGUACAACCAACACUCAUCACCGAAGAGGACAAGAAAGACGGAGCUGAGCUACAUCUAUUACGUGCCGAUUGGCAAGAAUCCCCUUCGGAUCCGCGUACCGUAUCAGCGGUAAUGUCUGUCGUCUGUUACUCAUGCCAUCUCUUCCCGGGAACGAAAAUCUCCGCCACAUCGAAGUCGCAGCCAUGGUUGUGGGCAUGGAAUAACAAGCAAGAAUUCGACGAUUUCCCGUACGAUGCUCAUCUGAAAAUGCAUGCCCAUCACGCUGGUAAAGGUGGAUGGGGAAAUUUCUAUGUCGAUAUGUCGAGAGCAUUGAACACGUGGAAGAGUCCCCCGAGUCCACCUUCAAUCAUAUACGGAAUGAAAGCCAUCGGCGUCAGCGAGAGCCCGGGUAUGUCGGCCGCAUACGGGAUAGCAUGGCUUAAGAACAACCCUAUACUCCAUGUCCAUGGAAUACUCAUGGGAAUCGCCUUUUUAUUCCUCUUCCCUCUCGGGGUGUUGGCCAUGCGGUCUGGCCGCAUGAAAGCCUUCAAGUACCAUUGGGUCAUACAGCUUAUUGCCUCUGGUUUCACGGUCGCAGGCUUUGCGCUGGGGCUCGUUCUUGGGCGCAAGGUCGAUACCUUCCAUCAAAUACUUGGCAUCACGCUCGUGGCCUCCCUCGGGCUGCAGGGGAUUCUCGGCUGGCGACACCACAUGGUCUUCCUUCGCCUUCGUCGCCGUACCUGGCUCUCUCAUUCCCACAUCUAUCUUGGCAGGUUCAUGAUGAUCGGAGGCUGGACGAACCUUGUGACUGGUCUCGUCCUCCGCGGGUAUUCCCGUCUUAGCGUCGGAAUAAUGGGAUUUGUAGUGGGCUUUGAAGCAGUCGCGCUCACAGCUUGGUUAUUAUGGAAGAGAAUCAAAGCUGCCCGUGCCGAAAGAAUGAAUAAGUCUAACCCUGAUGGAAACAAGGAUGACUUAACCAACUACUUCGCUUUGGAUGACUUAGAUGAUGAUGAGGAGGAAGAAGAUGCUUCGUCUUCGGAAACCCUACACGAUGAAGAGUCAAAACCCAUGAUGGGGAAGUCCGAAAAGGCGUAACUACCAGAGUACUUAAACCUUUAUAGUAGUAUACGGAGAGCAGUACCCCAGAGUGACUGCCUUUAUCAUAAAUGAAAUAACAACCAGACUGCAGAAAUGUACAAUAUUUUGCCGUUCUUUCACGAAGACAUAGUGUUGUUGAUCAGUUGUAGAAAUCUGGUACUUCCACGAGGAGACU